AUGGCGUCACCAAUCUCUAAGAAACUUCGUCACUAUCACAUGCCGACCAAUGAUGUCGUCGAGAACAUACUCUCACGGCUGCCGGUGACAUCCUUAAAGAGGUUUCAAAGCAUAAACAAGUCGUGGGAAGCUCUGAUAUCCCAUCCGGAUUUUGUUCUGUGCCAAGUGAAGAACAGCUCAAGCUUCCAGAUCCUUCUCCAAAUCUUGUUGCCUUGUUCUCAUGCUGUUCAUACAUAUCGAAGGCCCCCCACCGAUCUUCACGCUCCUUCCGAGAACCAGGCGUCUCCGUCCAUAGACUACAAAGCAUUGUUGAAGUUUUUGAAGGAAGAUGAUGCCGCUAGCGCUCCUGUAGUUGCACCCAGGGAGCUCGAGCUUGAAUACUAUACGGAAAUGGCCAUGGACCCAGAUGAUGCAAUUAUGGAAAUCUUUGGUUCUGUCAAUGGAUUAAUUUGUUAUGAAUUUAAUCAAACUGACAUAGUCCUAUGGAACCCUUCUACAAAAGAGUUCAAGUUGUUACCACAAGCAACAGUUAUUGAGGAGGAUCAUGGUGUUGCUUCAGUCUUCUAUGGUUUUGGUUAUGACAAUAAGGCUAAAGAUUACAAGGUGGUGCGAGGAUCAUACAAAGGUGAAUAUGCAGAUAAUGGGGUGGAGCGGAGUCCGAAUAACAUCUUGGAGGUCUUUUCACUGAAAAGAGAUUCUUGGAGCAGUACCGAGGUGAAUUGUGGGGAUUUGGGGAUUGAUGGACAGGGGUGGAUAGAUCGUAGGGAUGAAGGCGCGCUACAGUCUUUUGAUUUAGCGGAGGAGAAAUUUUCAGAAAAUGUUCAACCUCUAUGUUCUAUUAUGAAAGAACGUAUUUAUAUUGGAGGAGCUUUGAACAUUGAUAAUUGUCCAGCAGUGUACGCUUCAGAUUUCGAAGGAAAUUUCGAAAUAAAUACCAAAGAAUACAGGAUAUGGGUGAGGAAGGAUUUGAGGACAUGA